CUGUCUGAGACCUUACUGGUUACAAAGGUACACUACACUCAUAGUCAACACUGUCUCAGCUUUUUUCCAGAAAAGCGAGCCUCACUCUUUGAACUUUGAACUUCUCACUACCCUCACACCACCACUCCACUCACUCACUUUCUCUCUCUCUUUUUCUUUGCUCUUCUACUUUCAUGGCGGUUCCAAAGCUUUUCUUCUUCUUCUUCUUCUUCUUCUUCUUCAUUUACUUCUGCAAAGCUAGUAGUACCACCUCCACAAAGGCCGUGUUGUCUUCUUCCUCUGAGGUUGGUCUUCUCUUGAGUAAAAUCAGAGCUUCACUGCAAGGCAACGCAGAAAACCUCGUUUUGUCUUCGUGGAACUCCUCUAUUCCACUUUGCCAGUGGAGAGGGCUCAAGUGGGUUUUCUCCAAUGGCUCUCCUCUCUCAUGCAGUGACUUGUCUUCACCACAAUGGACCAAUCUUUCACUUCACAAGGACCCUUCUGUGCACUUGCUCUCUCUUCAGCUCCCAUCUGCAAAUCUCACUGGUUCACUCCCCAGAGAGCUUGGUCAGUUCCCUCUGCUUCAGAGUCUCUAUCUCAACAUCAAUUCAUUGACAGGAACAAUCCCUCUUGAGCUUGGUUACAGCACCUCCCUCUCUGACAUUGAUUUCAGUGACAACUUGCUCACUGGAUCUCUUCCCCCUUCUAUCUGGAACUUGUGUCAGAGGCUUGUUUCAAUUAGACUCCAUGGGAACUCACUCUCUGGCUCUGUUUCUGGACCAGCAUUGCCUGACUCUUCUACUUGCAAGAAUUUGCAGUUUCUUGAUUUGGGUAGCAACAAGUUUUCUGGGAAUUUUCCUGAGUUCAUCACCAAGUUUGGUGGUCUAAAACAGCUUGACCUGGGGGGUAACAUGUUUACAGGUACAAUUCCUCAAAGCUUGGUUGGGCUAAAGCUUGAAAAGUUGAAUCUUUCACACAAUAACUUUAGUGGGGUUUUGCCUUUUUUGGGAGAAUCCAAAUUUGGGGUUGAUGCUUUUGAAGGGAAUAGCCCUGACUUGUGUGGACCACCUUUGAAAAGCUGUACUAGUAACUCUGGACUGAGUUCUGGUGCUGUUGCUGGUAUUGUUAUCAGUCUGAUGACUGGAGCUGUGGUUUUUGCUUCUUUGCUGAUUGGGUAUAUGCAGAACAAGAAGAGGAAGGGAAGUGGAGAGAGUGAAGAUGAAUUGAAUGAUGAAGAGGAGGAGGAUGAAGAACAUGGAGCUGGCGGGGGCGGCGGAGCCGGUGAGGGGAAGCUUAUGUUGUUCCCUGGAGGUGAGAAUUUGACAUUAGAGGAUGUGUUGAAUGCAACUGGGCAAGUUAUGGAGAAGACAUGUUAUGGGACAGCUUAUAAGGCAAAACUUGCUGAUGGAAACACCAUUGCUUUGAGGUUAUUGAGGGAAGGUAGCUGCAAGGAUAGGACUUCAUGCUUGUCAGUCAUAAAGCAAUUGGGGAAAAUUCGCCAUGAGAAUUUGAUUCCUUUGAGAGCUUUCUAUCAGGGAAAGAGAGGGGAGAAGCUACUUAUUUAUGACUAUCUGCCUCUCAGAAGCCUUCAUGAUCUUUUACAUGAAACUAAACAAGGAAAGCCAGUGCUGAACUGGGCUAGGCGACACAAGAUUGCGUUGGGGAUAGCAAGAGGGCUAGCUUAUCUUCAUACAGGGCUCGAUGUUCCUGUCACACAUGCAAAUGUAAGAUCCAAGAAUGUGCUUGUGGAUGACUUCUUUAUUGCCAGGCUCACUGAUUUCGGCCUCGACAAGCUGAUGAUUCCAUCCGUAGCUGACGAGAUGGUGGUGGUUGCGAAGACAGACGGGUACAAGGCUCCCGAGCUUCAAAAAAUGAAGAAAUGCAACUCCAGGACGGACGUUUACGCCUUCGGCAUACUACUGCUGGAAAUCCUGAUUGGGAAGAAGCCAGGGAAGAAUGGAAGAAAUGGCGCCAUGGUUGUAGAUUUGCCUUCAAUGGUGAAAGUGGCAGUGUUGGAGGAGACAACAAUGGAAGUGUUUGAUGUGGAGAUCUUGAAAGGGAUAAGAAGUCCAAUGGAAGAUGGGUUGGUGCAGGCACUGAAGCUGGCAAUGGGGUGUUGUGCACCAGUGGCAUCUGUUAGGCCCAGCAUGGAGGAAGUUGUGAGGCAGUUGGAGGAGAAUAGACCAAGGAACAGGUCUGCUCUGUACAGCCCUACAGAGACAAGAAGUGGAAGUGUCACCCCAUUUUGAGCUUUGGAUUCAUUCAACAUGUUUAAUCGAACUGUGGGAUUUUACUUUGUUUAUGUUUUCCUAUUUCUCAUAUGAACCUGAAAGGGUAAGUGCAUAAUGAUCUAGAGCAUGUUGUAAUUUUUUUUUACCCUGUAACAAUGGUGCUUUUGAAAUCAAGACUUAAUUACACUUUUA